AUCCACCAACAUGGCGCUGGCGAAGUCCGUGUACAACUUGCUCUUCAGGAGAACGUCUACUUUCGCCAUUACCAUCAUGGUUGGCGCCGUCUUCUUCGAGCGAAUAUUCGACCAAGGUGGUGACGCGAUUUUUGAGCAAAUGAAUCGCGGGAAAUUAUGGAAGCACAUUAAACACAACUACGAGGUGAAAGAAGAGUAACAGCGGCGUGGGGGUCAUCGGGAGAGCUGUUUCCAUUCGUCCUGUCACCGCAGAUCUUCUGGACAUCGAAAACAAGCAGGAGUCAUCGUGGACAUUGUGCUUUAUCUCCAACCCAGAAGGAACCGGGACCCUGUGUGAGCCAAGACCUCUGAGAAGAUGGAGCUUCCCCUCACCUUGUCAUCCCAUUCCUGACAUUUUAGUCCCCGUUCUUGUCACGGAUUGUAAAUGAUUAAAUUAAACGUGUAUUAAUGUCUCAUA